AUGCGGUUCACAAUUCUCUCAACAAUUGCUGCUUUGGCUGCAGUUGCGCCCACUGCAGCUUUUAGCAUUGACCAGUGGGAUGUCCUCGCUGGAAAAGCUCUUAUCAAUCAGGUUCUCUAUCACUUCUCCAAUCCGGAUGCCAGCAAGUCAUGCACCCCUCUUACCGCAACAGUUCGCCGAGAAUGGGGCUCUCUCUCGAAACAGGAGCGCAAAGAGUACACUGACGCAGUGCUGUGUCUCGCUUCUAAACCUUCGAAACUGGAUCCGGCAUUUGCUCCUGGCGCGCGCUCUCGCUUCGACGACUUUGUUGCUGUCCACAUCAACCAGACAUGGUUUAUCCACGGCACUGGCAACUUUCUGACAUGGCAUCGUUACUUCACCUGGGCCUACGAACAAGCCCUCCGCAACGAAUGCGGUUACACUGGCUACCAGCCAUACUGGGCCUGGAACAAGUACGCGGAUGACCCGCGCAAUUCUCCCAUGUUCGAUGGCUCUGACUACAGUAUGUCCGGAGACGGGUCAUUCAUCCCGCACAAUGGUUCCGAGGCUGCUCCCGGGAUCGUUCUGACUCCUGGAAACGGAGGUGGCUGUGUCUUCUCCGGCCCCUUCAAGAACUUCACCGUCAACCUCGGCCCCGUCUUCCCCAGUCUCAAGGUUCCAGGAAUCGUCGCACAGAACGGCACCGGAAUGAACUACAACCCCCGCUGUCUCCGUCGUGAUAUCUCCAAGGACGCAGCGAGCUGGACAACAACCAAGCAUGUGGUUGAUCUGAUCGAUGGGCAGGACAACAUCUUUGACUUUCAGAAUAGGAUGCAGGGUGAUUACCCGAAUGGCUACCUGGGUAUCCACAGCGGUGGCCACUAUACCGUUGGCGGUGAUCCUGGUGGUGAUUUCUUCGUUUCCCCCGGUGACCCUGCUUUCUACCUCCACCAUGCCGCCAUCGACCGUGUCUUCUGGACGUGGCAGAAUCAGGACCCCAAGGCGCGGACUUACGUUGUGGCAGGACAGACCGUCCUUCCUACUCUGGUGCCAGACGCGCCCAAUGCUACUCUCGAUGAUAUCGUCGAUAUCAGCAGUGCGCUGGCUCCGCCGCAGACUAUCCGGCAGCUGUUGGAUACGACUGGUGGGCCAUUCUGCUAUGUCUAUCUGUGA